GGAAAAUUCCAAAGGAAAUUUACGCUGUUUACAUUCACAUUCAAUACUAUAUUAAUUAUUUAUCUAUGGUUUACAUUUCUAUAUUAUUAUACAUACAUUUUACAAAUUUUAAAAUAAGUAGACAAGAAUUAUUUCAUUAUCUUUUUGAACGUGAAAAUCUUAAUAAUUUGAUAAUCUCGUUAUUGGUUGGUAACAUUUGAAUUUUAUAUUUUCCGGCAAACUGUCAAAAUAUCAAAAUUAUAACCCCUUUAAUCAACGGUUAAUGACAAUUUAGAAAAUAUAAAUAAUUAGGUAUUAUAACAAAAUGAUGAGAAAUUUGCACGAUUUUGAACUUCCCCUGGACGGAGAAGUGUCCAUGUGUCAAAUAAACGGUCGAGUAUUUUCUAGAAAUUACGAUAUCACAAAUUUAAACGGCUUUACAAACACACUAGAAAAUUAUCCCAAAGUUCACUUGACGAGAGAUUUACUGCAUCCUACAACGUCUGGAGAUGAAGGCAAAGCUCUAUUUUUACCAGUUAACAUUUCUUUCCUCAAACAGUUAUCCCAAGUAUAUUACGAACAAGGAUAUAUGGAAGCCCUACAAACAGCAGCAUCCUACAACCAUGUAUUUAUCUCAAAAUCUGCAAAGGGUAUUUUAGAUAUAUUGAAAUAUAUUAAAAAAGUUAGGCUAAUAUUAAAUCCAAACUUACGACACAGUGGCUCUAGUUUAAUAGCUACCUAUUCCCAAACACGAAACUGGCUAAAUACAACUGUGAGAUGCAUUGCUUGGCAUCCUUAUUGCAAAAAAGUCGCUGUAGGAAUGUGUGAUGAUAGUGUUAGGAUCUUCAAUGGGGAUCCUAAUGCCAUUUCGUCGAUCUUGAGGUGCAAGAUGCAGAAACAUAUAACUUGUGUUGCUUGGAGACCAAUGUCAAAUACUGAGAUCGCUGUAGGCUAUGAAAAUGGAAUCAUUGUUUGGCAUAUAGAUCCAAAUUCUAUGAUAUCUCGACCCUCCAUUAGUAACGCAAUUAUUUUACAAAGACCUGACCAUAGACCUGUAAUGAGUAUAGCAUGGUCUCCCAAUGGGGACAAGCUAGUAUCUGUAGCAGCAUGUGACCAGUCUAUUUUAGUAUGGGAUGUAGAAUUAGAUAAGACGAGUACUCUUAAAAGAUCAGGGGGUUCAGGGAACCUGCUUGUGAAAUGGUCGCCUACAGGAGAAAAGUUGUUUACUUGUUCCAAUAGUCUUGUUUUUAGAGUUUGGGAUUGCCGCAAUUGGGAAUGUGAAAGAUGGACAGUACUCAGCGGAAGAGUUCAGUCUGCCUGUUGGUCAAAUUGUGGUACUACCCUACUGUUCGCAACAAACACGGAAACCAUCAUCUACGGAGUGAUAGUAAAGCAUGAUCUAAUAUUCACAUCUGACGCGGACACGUCUUCAAACCAAGCCUUGCCGAUGUUUGAUACAACUAAAGUUGAUAUAGACGGAGUUCUUGUCGGAGGACUGAUUCAGAGUAUGGAAAGUGAUCCAACAGGGAAAUAUUUAGCUGUUACGUUUCAAGAUACAGACUCUGUGGCCAUUUUUAAUAUAAUUAGGCAACAUGGGUUACAGUUGGUGGCGAACUCAUUAGUAAACGGAUUAGCUGAAGAAAAACCAAGCACCAUGAGCUUCCUUGUCGGUUAUGAAGCCGGCGCAUGUUUGACGAUAGGAUGGUCUAGUGGCAGGAUUCAAUAUUUUCCAAUUAUUUACAGCGAUUUGUCUUCUGCUGACAAUACUCAAUUAUCUACUAGGUUUAAUUCGUUUAACGGUUCAAUUGUGUGUUAAGACUAAAAAAGUUUUUAUAUUUUUGUGAUUGUUUGAUUAUAAUAUAAGAUUAUUAAAUAUC